AUGUCUAAUCAGCAAAAUUGUAAGAUCAUUGUGUAUUGGUUGGAGAAGUCUCGCGCCCAGCGCAUUGUAUGGCUUCUGGAGGAACUCAAUCUCGAAUAUGAAUUGAAGAUAUACAAACGUGGCAGCGACAAGUUGGCACCCAAGGAGCUCAAGGACAUCCACCCAUUGGGCAAAUCGCCGCUCAUCAGUAUCCAGCCAGAGGGAGCUGAAAAGCCAAUCGUUCUAGCAGAGAGUGGUGUGAUUAUCGAAUAUCUCGCUGAGCAUUUUGGAAAGCGUUUGAUUCCUGAUCGUUAUCCGGAGGGCAAAGAUGGCGGCGUCGGUGCGGAAACUGAUGCGUGGUUGAGAUAUCGGUAUCUCCUACAUUAUUCCGAGGGCAGUUUCAUGCCUGUCUUGAUCAUUUGCAUUGUAGUUGAUGGCAUUCGCAAUGCCCCAGUUCCAUUCUUCUUGAAGCCAAUCACCGGUGGUAUUGCGAACAAAGUAUAUAGCGUAUUCAUCAAUCCUGAGUUGAAGAAUCACUUGAGCUUUCUUGAGAACUAUCUAGCUACGGCGCCAGGUGGAGGAUCAUACUUCUGUGGUCCAAGCAUCACUGCUGCUGAUAUCCAGCUGAGCUUCGUACUUGAAGGCGCGGUAUCGCAUGGAUGUCUUACAGAGAGUGCAUAUCCUAAGCUUUACAGCUACGUCAGGAGAUUCCAGGAUACAGAAUCGUACAAGCGAGCAGGGCAGAGGAUUGAAUCUGCAACAGGGGAAAAGUUCGUACCUUUCUCGGAGGUCAAAUUUUAA